AUGUGGCCACUGUUGGGCCGCCAUGUGCGAAUUGCUCGCUCGACGGGGUCCAAUGCUACGUUGUUCCCCGCAAGACGCGAGGUUUCCAGCGGAGACAACUCUCAUGUGGCCGUCUCCAGGCCCUCUCAGUCACAACUACCUGUUUUUGAAGGUGUUGUUCCACGACACCACGCCGAAAUUGAGGCUUCUAAUCCCACGCGAGCAAGCACGAGAGCUGCUCUCGUGCGCUCGCACGGCGGCUCUCCUGCGCCUGUCAAUCGCGCAGCUUUGUCAUAUACAGGAGACGAUGAUGAGACCGCAGGAUCCCUAGGGGAAUUGCUGAAACCGACCGACUUAUCUCAGCCUGUCGCCUUCGAGCCACCGUACUUGGUCCCGGGAUACACGGUCAAGGAAACACCGCCUGAAGAGCUCGAGUUCCUACGCGUCAAAGGGGUCUUUUCCAUCCCACCCAAAGAUGUCUGCGAUACAGCGGUGCUCGCCUACUUUCGCAAUGCUCACCCGCUCCUGCCCGUCCUCGAUGCCAAGUCGUUCUUGGAUUCAUACUCGAGGCGUGGGUGCCAAGGCGUCAGCCUCAUUCUCUUAUGGAGUAUUCUACAUGUCGCCGCCAGUUUUUUGCCUCUGGACAUUGUCAAAAGGUCUGGGUUUCAGACGAAAAAGGCGAUGAAGAUUGCAAUGUACCAGCAUGUCAAGCUACUGUAUGACAACAAUCAAGAAAGUGACCGGCUGGUCUUGGUACAGGCUGUGUUGAUUCUCGGUUACUGGCAUCCCGACAGCCAGGAUCGCUUUGAAGCUUGGCAUUGGACUGGCAUCGCGAUAUCCAUGUCUCAGUGCAUGGGCCUCCAUCGUUCUUCUUUUGGUGACAGGCGCCGGGGGCUGCUGCCGGCCGAUAAGAUGCGUACCGUCCGGCGAAUCUGGUGGUGUUGCCUUGUCCGGGAUCGAUGGCUCGCUUUCAUCAAAGGUCGUCCGAUGAGGAUCAGUCUGGAAGACUGCGAUGUGCCCCUCCCGGAGCCUUCGGACGUGGCUGACGACCUCGACGGCAUUCCCCAAGACAUCCAAAACAAGUGUCUCUUAUACUCAUCGACUGUGGUCGGCGAGCUGUGGUGCAAAUUUGUCAGACUCAGCAUCCUGCUCGGCCGAAUAUUGCGAUUACAUUCGAAGAAUAUCUGGCGAACCGACGAAGCACAAGUCAAAAAUCACGAAUCGGAACUGCAAGAGUACACAACAUUGGCGAAUUUUGGUCAGCGACCACCGAACCAAUACGAACAAUUCUUCGCCUGUCAAGUUCGCAUUCAUUAUGAAGCCAUCAUGAUCAUGCUUUUCCGACCUUAUGUCCUUUCUCAUCCCCAGAAUCCAGUGGAUGCAGCGCAGUCAUCAUGUCUGGCUGAAGCCACUCAAAAAACAAGGGCGGCUGCGAAUAAUAUGAACAACACUCUCGAAGAGAUUAUGAAUUUGGAUCUCGUCGAGUUCAUAAGUCCUGCAAUUAUAUCCCCUCUGAUCCUGGCGAUGCAAAUCCACCUGCUGGACUGCAAGUCGCAGACUCGUUCAAUCUCCCGUCUGGGUCAUCACAGGCUACAGCUGUGCAUGAUGUUCCAAGCGGAACUAAAAGAUACCUACUGGGGUGCGGAUGGAGCGUUUCGAUUGUUCCAGCAAGCCCAAGAGAAGCUGUCAAGGAUUGCGGCCGAGCGAGAAGCUCGUGAACGCACGGCUCUGGCCGAUUUUUCGAACAACAUGGAAUUGUUGCAUCCUGACCCUGCGACCUUGAACCGGACCGCUUCCAACGACUUUAGCCCGAGUGAGAGAGUGCUGCCUUCGGUGGACGAUAUCCUGACUUUCGACUUCACCUUUGCCGACCCACAAGACUUUUCCAUCUAUGGCAUUGACUACCCUGACAACGGCUCUGAUCUUCACUUAAACUCUUUCCUAGACUUGGACAAGUUCAACGAGUUCGUGGAGACCAGCCAGGCUGGUUUCCCGACCUAA